CCAACAGAUAUGUUUGUAACAUUUGAGUGUGUGUGGACAGGCCCCUCCCCUUUUAGACUAACAUGUACAGUAAUGAUUAUAAAUUUACAGCAUUUAUUUGUUUAAUGAUUAAAACCCCUCCCCCCUGUUCUGUUAUCAUCCUCCAAUUUUCUUAACCCCCCCCCCCUUUCCUCCCCACUUUAUUUGUGCUCUCCCCUACCCCUCUCUAACAUCCCUCUGUCCUCUUCUUCUUCUCUUUCCAGUCCAACAAAGGAUACAAGUGUAACUAAAAUGAAAGCCAAAAUUACAAAAGGGGUUUAUACAAAUAUACACCUGGUGUGUCAGAAGAUCUAUAACCCCCUGUUGUUACAGUAAAAUAUGUCUAACAUAAGAGUCAUUUAGCUUUUAUCUGUUUGCAAGUUAAGUAAAGAAAAAACCUCUGUGCUCAUUGUGCGCCAUGCAAAAUGCGAUUGCUACCUCUCGAUUACAAAUGCUGCAUUGAGGCCACCUGCUGAAUUCACUGAAAAACUUGUAUUUGUUGCAGCGCAUUGGAAUUUUGGAAUAUGUGACCAUAGUUGGAAUAAUUUUAUGGCAACCCGACGAUUUUUAUCUGAAAGUUGAUAUUGGUCAAUUAGUGACUGGACACAUUUUGAGAUUGUGUGUCCAGUGACAGCAUCUCACUGCUGCCAACAUUCAUGACCAUGCCAACAAUAAAAAAAAAAUGUGUGGAGGCAGUUGUUUUUGUAUUUUGUAGCAUUAGUUGGAUUAUAAAAUGGGCAGCAGACAGACUUCUAAUUGGCAGUACUUCGGUUUCCAGAUGCUCAAGACAAGAAAAAUUAACAACUUUUUGGAUUUUUGUCGAUAGAUUUAAGUUUUCAUGGACAAACUCAUACUCUUCAAGUCAUUCACAAAUUCAUGUUCCUACAUGCUUUUAAAGUGAACUAAACAGAAAGUAGAGCGAGAGAGAUUAAUCACCAAAAAGCAUUGUUGCACUACAGAAAUAAUUUAUAGUUUGACCAUUCUCCCUGGAAACUUCCCACAGAUGUUCUUUAACACAUUUUUUUUUUGCAAAGUGACCGCAGUAAUACCCAAUCCUGAGAGCCUCCUCUGCACCUCUCAGUCAUUAACGGGCUGGGGCUGAAGCCAGGGGUGUACUCUUUCCCAGUGUCGAAGAAAACAUUCUUGGGUGAGCUUUUCAUUUUGAAAAAAAAAGGAAAAGGAAAGCCUGAGGGAGAUGACUUCACGUUUCUCACAAACCAGCCCACUCCAGAGAGGAGACGCAGAGAGCAGAAGACCUGCAAGUCAGUCUAACUGAGGUUUUCUUCGUUUGAACUAUCCGCAAAGAGAAUUCUUGCUUUAAAAACUUGUAUUUUCCGUCAAGAUGCACCAGUUAUUCCUGGCUCUUUUUAUCCACGUUUGUGUUCAAAACUUGGCAGCAGGUAAGACUUUUUCCUGUUUCUGUGAAAAAAGUACAUUCACAGUUCUAAAAAAAAAAAAAAAAUACCAGAAACAUAUAUUUAAUCAUGCAUGGUUGGACUUUCUCUAAAUAUUUGGCAAACCAUUUUUCUGUAACUCAACACUGUCCCCCACUAUUUUAUGGUUGUGUUAUUCUUUUUAAUAGACUCUACUCUGCAAACCAGACAAUUGGUGAAUGAAAUUCAUUAUAAGUUUGUACCUAAACACAUGCAGUGGAGUAAAGCAAGAAGCGUGUGUGAGCAACACUAUGGUUCCUUAGUUUCAGUCUCCAACCAAACAGAGACCCAAGAGCUCGCUAGAGUUCUAAACUAUUUUAACAUCUCUCAGAAGGUCUGGAUUGCCAACAAAAAUUUAACAGAAGACUUCUCACUGUCUGUGACACCAGUGGAGGAUUCAUCUUUGAACACAAGUUUGUUGGAGAUCAAAAGCUUUUCCGUUUUCAACAUCUCAUCCAAGGAACUCUGUGGCAUCUUUGACCCAGUGAAGGAGACCGUCACCUUUGGUGACUGCAUGGAGCACAGAGGAGCUGUCUGUCAGCGCAAAAAAACAUUGGAUGAUUUUUUAAAACCUCCGUUCAUCAAAACGUUUUACAAGGAUCUUCAGAUCAAAGAGGUGAUGGAAUGGACACAUUUCAAUUCUUCCUGGAACGGUGAUUUGACCUUGCUCCAGCAGCUGACCCAGGCUGUCCUAGAUUCAGAGGAAAGUAGCCCCCCUCUCCUGAGCCCCAGUGAUGUCCUAGCCCUCUCUCAGACGAUCGAUGUGACAGCUUCCAGCUCAGAUUUUACUGGAGCUGAAGCAGCAGAGGUCUUGGUGUCAAUUACAACCAACUAUGUAAAUGCUGCAAGUUGGAUGCUGGAGCCACGCAUGGUAGCACAGUGGAUGGGCCCAACAGCAGACGGGGUCAACGUUGGACCGUUUACCAUUGUCAAGAGCAUUGAUAGUCUCACUAAAGCCCUAGCAGACACACUGUCUGCACAGCAAAGAGGUUUCUCCCUUUCUACCAAGAACAUCGAAGUGUAUAUAAAAUGGCAGAAAUUGUCUGAGACAAACUCAGAUCAAGUUUUUAAUCCAUCUUCUGUUGGCUCUCACCAUCCUGAAACCGGCCGCCAUGAUGUGUUGCUUAUCCCGGAUAAUGAACUCAAGAGGAUACACGCGCUAGGAAGUGAGGAGGUGAUGUUUAUUCACACACACUACAGCCGUUUUGCUGAGAUUUUUAGCAGAGCAGAGGAGCCUGAUCCGCAUCAACAGGAAAAAAUAGAUAAAAGUGCUUUUCCAGGUCACCUGAGCUCUGCCGUGAUAUCAGCCGCCGUCCGUGACUCUUCAAAGGGUCAAACAAUCCCUGUAGCUGUCCAGUACAUCCUUUCUUCACAUGUGGUGGAGAGUUCCCAAAGAUUUACCCCUAAUUGUGCCUUUUGGAAUUUCAGCCAGAUGCAUGGUGGCGGCUGGUCCAGUCAGGGAUGUUCUGUGCUAUUCAGUGGUUCCAAUGUUGUUGCCUGUCAGUGCAACCACACCACCAACUUUGCUGUGUUGAUGAAUUACAUGGACACUGAGUGGAAUCCUGAAGAAGAGCUUGUUUUGAGCAAGCUCACGUUCAUCGGCUGUGGAGCGUCUUUGUGCGCGUUGGUGGUGACCUUGAUGCUGUUCACUGUGCUGGACAUCCCCAAGUCAGAUAGGACAUCCAUCCAUAAGAACCUGUUUGUGGCUCUGAUCUGUGCGCAGGUGAUUCUGCUCUGCAGUGGCUCAGCCAUCCACAGCAAGGUGGCUUGCACUUUGGUAGCGGCAUUACUCCAUCUAUUCUUCUUGGCGGCUUUCAGUUGGAUGCUGGUGGAGGGUCUUCUGCUGUGGAGCAAGGUGGUGGCGGUGAACCUAAAUGAGGACCGUCACAUGAAGUACUACUAUCUUAUUGGCUGGGGUCUUCCGGUUCUGAUAGUCACCAUAACUCUAGCAUCCGCUUCAGGAAAAUAUGCUGCUGAUGACUACUGCUGGCUCAGCGUUCAGAAUGGCAUCAUCUGGGGCUUUGCAGGUCCUGUCAUCUUCAUCAUCAUGGUGAAUGCCUUAGUCUUGACCAGAGUGGUGAUCAUCACCAUCUCCACUGCAAAGAGAAGGUCCAUCAUGCUGGCCCUGGAAACCAGUCCUGUGAAGCAAGCUUAUGAGCAAAUCAGAGGUGCAGUAAAGGCAGUUUUGGUGCUGCUUCCAAUCCUCGGUCUGACCUGGCUGUGUGGCGUGUUGGUACCGCUCUCCAUCGUCAUGGCCUAUAUCUUCAUCCUCCUCAAUUCUCUUCAGGGUCUGUUCAUCUUUCUGAUAUAUGGGGUGUACAACACAGAGGUUCGAAGCACGGUCAACAGGAUGAAGGAGAGAAGAAAGGCGCUUAAUUUUUCUAACUGUGCCAGCUCUCGUCCUUCCAGCUCAGUGACCAACUCUCGUCCCGUCAGUUUUCCUCUUGGAACUACUCCAACCCAGGAAGAGGAGACCUACCCAAGCUCGGUAACAGAGGAAAACAAGAGCAAAGGUGAGCCAGAGAGACCAGAAGAGUCCUGGUGCCAAAUCCCUUGAGAUACACAUGUGAAAAGAAAGGCAUCCUCUCCACGACCCAGAGAAAUGAACCGUGAUCUCACAUAUGGUGGAUGUAAAUCUUUAAAUGCACCUCAAGAAGGAAGGACAUGUUAUGAAGAGGCCGUGGCCAUAUUGGUGUUUUAGUAUGCAUAAUGACCAAAGUUAGCAUCUGUAUACUAACAAAAUGUAACUCAAUGUUUGUCAUAAGGAAGAGUGAAGUGCAACGGUAUGAUUCAGCAAAGGAAUGUUUAGAUAUGAAAUGCUGUCCCUGACUGACAUCAACUUAACCCUUUAACUCCAGUAUUAAUGUUAUUUGAUUUAUUGUGAUUUUUUAAUUGUUAACAUGAUCAACGUAAUUCCAGUAGAUUUUGAAGGAGGAAAGGGGCGCGA